CUCUCCUCCGUCCAACCUCCUGCUGCUCCGCAUUAAACUAAUUAAAGUAAUGAGGGUGAUUAAAGCGGACCAGAUCUGCAGCCCCACAUCCUCUCUGGUCAUUUAGGCCAUCUCCACAGGAUCUGCAGCUUUCUGCCGUUUAUCUCUCCGGGUUUCCUCCGCCGGCACACUCACAUGUCAGCUGGAUUUUGGAUCAUUUCCUUUCGUUUCGUAUCGGAUUUCAGCCGUCUUUGCCCCCCCAGUGGAGGAUUGAACCGAGAAAAGUGAUGUGAGAGGUGAAUUUCGGAUUCGUGGGCUCUUUUGUUUUUUGAUUUUACAGUCAUCGCACUUUUCCUCCUCACUUCGGCGCUCUGCGGAAGACACGUUUUCUUCUUUCCCUCCAUCACCUGACUGAUUCCAACCAGAGGAUCUUUGUAGGUUUCAUUUCGGAUUUGAAAUGUUUCCCAGCUUUUGUUUUCUGCUCAUACCUGGAUUCACCUGGAGGUUUUUACUGCGCUUUAAUCCUCUUUAAGGAAUAAAUCCAACGCACAGAAAACUGCAGUUUUACCUCUGCACAGACUCAGUCUGAGCAGUUAAUCCUGGAAUAUUUUCUUGUGUUAUUCUUUUGAAAUGAAUAUUCUGCAACCUGUGGAUGUAUAUUUAAUUUACGAGGACUCACUUUCAACUUUGUUUGACUCUCUUUGCCUCUGGUAAUGUGUGUGCUGCUCCUCCAUGUGAUACUUAUCUGCAAUAAUCACAUUUCAUGGAGGAGAGAGAAUUCUGGAAGCGUUGAAAGGUUCCCCAGUUUUCCACUUCACCGCCUUUGUUUCAUCAUCAUCAAAACUUAAAUGAACCCUCAAAAUUUGAAGUACCCAGGAGAACAUUUUCGGAUCCUAAAGCAACUAUUGCUUAAUAUGAGCAAUCCUGAACAUGGAAUAACUCUAGAGAGACCUGGAGAGCCCAAUGAAACACAAAAGCCUAAGGACCUUAAAGACUCUUUGAGUAGGUCUGACAAAUGCUAGUCACCCAAGAAGAAAGUCUAAAUUACCUCUUGCUCUAGAGACUCUGGUCUUAAAAAAAAAAAAUCUGAAAGAGCGAUAAGAACCCCCGCCUGAAGACCUUGAGGAUACCAAGAGUUAAGUACUUUGAGGAACUCUAUCCUCCAGAUCCAGAGGUACCCUAAGAACUCCUCGGGACCGCCAUCAGAGAACCAAUGGGCACCCUACGAGACCUGCAGUACGCCCUGCAGGAGAAGAUCGAAGAGCUGCGACAGCGUGACACCCUGAUCGAUGAACUGGAGCUGGAACUGGAUCAGAAAGAUGAGCUGAUCCAGCGGCUGCAGAACGAGCUGGACAAGUACCGGUCCGUGCUCCGGCCAGCCACUGCCCAGCAGGUCCAGGUCCAGCAGCAGAACAUGGUCUUGCAGCCAGACCAGCACCGCAGCAAACGGCAGGCCAUCUCUGCUGAGCCCACCGCCUGCGACAUCAGUGACCUCAGCCACGUCACCCUACCCUUUUACCCCAAGAGCCCAGAGUCCAAGGAGAUGAUAAAGGAGGCCAUCUUGGACAAUGACUUCAUGAAGAACCUGGAGCUGUCUCAGAUCCAGGAGAUUGUGGACUGCAUGUACCCGGUGGAUUAUGGGAAAGACGCCUGCAUCAUCGAAGAGGGCGACGUGGGCUCCCUGGUCUACGUGAUGGAAGAGGGGAAAGUGGAGGUGACUAAAGAGGGGAUGAAGUUGUGUACGAUGGGACCGGGCAAAGUGUUCGGAGAGCUGGCCAUCCUCUACAACUGCACCAGGACGGCUACUGUCCGGACUCUGGUCCAUGUGAAGCUGUGGGCAAUCGACCGUCAGUGUUACCAGACCAUCAUGAUGAGAACUGGACUCAUCAAACACGCCGAGUACAUGGACUUCCUCAAGAGUGUUCCCACCUUCCAGGGUCUCCCAGAGGAAACUCUCAGUAAACUGGCCGACGUCAUGGAGGAGACUCAUUAUGAGGACGGAGAGUACAUCAUCAGACAGGGAGCCAGAGGAGACACCUUCUUCAUCAUCAGCAAGGGAAAGGUGAACGUGACCCAGGAGGAUCCAGCCAAUCAGGAGACAACACACCUCAGAGAGCUCAGCAGGGGAGACUGGUUUGGAGAGAGAGCGUUGCAGGGGUAA